AACGACGAAAUAAUGAAUUCAAAACAGAAGAAAAUAAAAGAAGAGCCGAAGCUCUGAAAAUUGAGCGACAAGAUGAUGAAUUCAAAACAGAAGAAAAUAAAAGAAGAGCUGAAGCUCUGAAAAUUGCACGACAAGAUAAUGAAUUCAAAACACAAGAUAAUAAAAGAAGAGCCGAAGCUCAUAAAAUUGAACGACAAGAUGAUGAAUUCAAAACAGAAGAUAAUAAAAGAAGAGCCGAAGCUCAUAAAAUUGAACGACAAGAUGAUGAAUUCAAAACAGAAGAUAAUAAAAGAAGAGCCGAAGCUCUGAAAAUUGCACGACAAGAUGAUGAAUUCAAAACAGAAGAAAAUAAAAGAAGAGCCGAAGCUCUAAAAAUUGCACGACAGGAUGAUGAAUUCAAAGAAGAAGAAAGAAGAAGAAAUGCACUAAGAAUGCACAAUAGUAGAGAUAAUUACAAAAGUAGUUUUGAUGGCAUGAAAUCAAAUUAUGAGUCAAAAAUAAAAGAAGGACCUACUCAUAUUUGCAGCUGUUGUGGUGGUUUAUGCAAAGAUUUUGAUGACGAGGACAAAUGGAAUGAAUGUGACGAUAAACCAGUCAAUCCAAGUACUACUGAAACAUUAUUAAAUGACGAGAUUGGUGAUCAGAAUGAUAUUGGUAUUAAAUUUGCUCCAGGAGAGAAUAACAGGCCGAUAUCGAUUCUAAUGGAUUUAAAAGUCGAUGAAUUAACAUUUCCGAAAAUUUAUUGUGGCAAGCAAAGAAAAAUCAAAGCGAAUGUUAAAUUAACUUAUGCUAAGAUUGCCAAGUCAGAAUUAAGAAUGUUUGAUCGAAGAUGUGGUAGAAUAUCGAAAUUGUUUUUCACAUAUAAGAAACUACAAACGAGAAAGUUCUCCGAUGCUAUUUCAAUAAAUUUGAGAAAGACAAAAAAUACAAAAAACAUAACUGUUGCACAAAUGCUCAAUCGAGAUUAUGUCAAUGGAUUGAUUCAUAGUGAUGAUGCUUUUACAUUCUUGAGAUGUGAUCGAUCUUCACCAGCGUUCUGGGAACUAAAGAAAAAGGAAGUUAUGGCGAUGAUCAGACAGUUAGGAUGUCCAACACUAUUUUUAACAUUAUCAGCAGCAGAAACAAAUUGGUCAGAACUUAUUAUAAUAUUAAGUCAAGUGUUGGAAAAUAAAGUAAUAACAUUAGAGGAAGCAGAAAAUAUGAGCUAUGAAGAGAAAUGUGAUUUGAUAAGAAAUGAUCCUGUAACAUGCGUUCGUUAUUUUGAACAUAGAUUAAAAUGUUUAUGGGAAAUAUUAUCGGCACCUUGUGGUCCAUUUCAAGGCUAUGAAUUAGAAGAUAAAUAUGUCAGAGUUGAAUUCCAAGUCCGGGGCUCGCCACAUAUUCAUGCUCUACUGUGGUUAAAAAAUGCUCCGAAAUACGACAAAGAGAAACCUGAAUCGAUCGAAAGGUGUACGGAAUUUAUUGAUAAACUAAUUUCGGUUAACGCUAAGCCAACUGAAUUUUCUGAAUGCCUUAUAUGUUUGCAACGUCAUAAACACUCACAUACCUGUAAAAAACACGUAAAGGAUGGCAUUGAAUGUCGCUUUGGUAUUCCAUAUUUUCCAAUGAGAAAAACGAUGAUUUUAGAGCCAUUCAGUGACGAUGAAAAGUUAACUAAGAAAGAACGUGAAGAGAUAAGUAAAAAAAGACGAAAUGUAGUUCAAGAACUUGACAAAAUAUCAAAAGAUACAGAUAAUUCAUUAACUUUUGAUGAAUUCUUGAAACAUAUCGAUAUGAAUGAAGAAGAAUAUAUUAAAAUGAUUCGAGCUGGAUUAAAAAAAGCGAAAGUAUUCUUGAAACGUGCUCCAAAUGAAAUCAGAAUCAAUGCAUACAAUCCAAUGAUAAUGUCAUUGCACAAAGCAAAUAUGGACAUUCAAUUCAUUCUUGAUCCUUAUGCAUGCUCAAUGUAUUGUGUUGACUACAUUAGCAAAUCUGAAAAUGGAAUGUCUAAGCUUCUAAGAGAAGCAUUGAAUGAAUUAAAAAAAGGUAAUAACACAGUCAGAGAACGUCUUAGAGUUAUUGCAAAUAAAUUUUUGAAUUCAAGUGAGAUUUCAGCACAAGAAGCUGUCUAUCAUAUUUUAAGUAUUCCACUUUCAACCAGCAGCAGAAGUACUGUAUUUAUUAAUACGAAUAGACCCGAAAACAGAAUUUCUAUGGUCAAAUCAGAUGAGGUUCUUCAGAAACUGGAGCCUGGUUCAAAAGAUGUUUUUGUUCAAGGCUUAAUUGAUAUGUAUAUAAAUAGGCCUGAAGAAAUGAAAAAUAUCUGUUUGGCUGAUUUUGCUUCGUUGUAUAAUGUAUCAAAAAAACAGACAAACAACGUUCAGAUUACGGAAAAUUCUGAUGAUGAAGAUGUCAUUGACAAUGAAAUUGAUGAAAAAAGUGUUGCUCUAAAGAUGAAAAAUGGAAAAGGAUGGAUUAAAAAAAGAACAAAGAAAAAAAUAAUAAGAUUCAGAAACUUUAAGCUACAUCAAGAUUCUGAAAAUUAUUACAGAGAGCAGCUGAUGCUGUUUCUACCAUGGAGU